AUGGUGAGGAUUAAUUUGGGUAGUAUUGGCGACUCUUUUUCAGUUCCGUCGCUAAAGGCUUACAUUGCCGAGUUCAUUGCCACCCUUCUCUUUGUUUUUGCUGGUGUUGGUUCUGCUAUAGCUUACAACAAGCUCACGUCUGAUGCAGAUCUCGACCCACCCGGUUUGGUGGCAGUAGCAGUGGCUCACGCAUUUGCAUUGUUCGUGGGCGUUUCCAUGGCGGCCAAUGUCUCCGGUGGUCAUCUGAAUCCGGCUGUCACGCUUGGAUUGGCCAUCGGAGGCAACAUCACCAUCAUAACUGGCCUUUUCUAUUGGAUAGCACAAUUGCUUGGUUCCAUUGUUGCAUGCCUUCUCCUCAAAUUUGUCACCAAUGGCUUGGCCAUUCCCACUCAUGGAGUUGCUUCUGGAAUGAAUGCUUUGGAGGGUGUUGUAAUGGAGAUUGUCAUCACUUUUGCUUUGGUCUACACAGUCUAUGCCACUGCUGUAGACCCCAAAAAGGGCUCAUUGGGCAUAAUUGCACCCAUUGCCAUUGGGUUCAUUGUUGGUGCAAACAUUUUAGCUGCUGGCCCAUUUAGUGGUGGAUCGAUGAACCCGGCCCGAUCAUUUGGGCCAGCCGUUGUCGCAGUCGACUUCUCUCAGAACUGGAUCUAUUGGGUUGGCCCACUUAUCGGUGGAGGAUUGGCUGGCCUGGUAUAUGGUGAUGUUUUUAUUGGAUCAUAUGCUCCACUCCCACCCCAAGAAGAAUAUCCAUAA